AUGGCUACGCUGUCGGACGCCAGCAACUCUACCAGAGAGAUCCGCCCACCGCGACUCCGCGCUGCCGUCUUCCGCGCCAAUUGGACUGACAGCGAAUUGCGGGGUGAGAACCUAGGCCCCGACAGAGACUAUGACAACUUGGCGCCAGCGCACCGACCGUGGAACAAGCGGCGCGUCGAAGAGUGGGAGCGGUCGGCGAUUUCGCGCGAGCACCGCGACUGGGACGAGGAGCGCAGGGCGUACAGCCGAUUGCAGCCGAUUGCAGGCAGAAUGAAUGGCAUUGACGGGGGGCAGGUCGAGUACAACUCGGACGACGCUCUCUACUCGGCCAUGUUUCUCUUUCUCGUCGCAGUCGUCAUGAUCAAGUUUGUGUGUGGCUCACCCGACUACCCGCCGUCUCGACGGUACCGCUACGAGUACAACGAGGUUGAAUGAAGCCGCACUUCAACU